UCUUGGUAUACUUUUUUGGGAAUUAUCAAGCGGUAUACCUCCAUUUAAAAAUAUAUCUGAACCAAGAGAAAUAGCCUUACAAGUAAUUAAGGGCAAAAGAGAAACACCUAUUAACGGAACUCCGGUUGAUUUUAUGAAUAUUUAUUGUGAUGCUUGGAAUGGUGAUCCAAAUUUACGUCCUAGUAUAGACGAAAUCCGUGAUAAAUUAAAUUAUAUACGAAUGGUUCCAGUUUAUCACAGUAAAAAAGAUAUUAAUAUAAGUAUUUCGAUUAAUGAUGCAGAAUUUAAUUUAUCUAAACUAGAUGAUGCUGAUGAUAUCAUUCGAGAUAUGAAUUUAAUAG